AUGGGCGCACAGCCGGAAAAGCCGAUCGACUUCAGCUACUUUGGCGGCGCCGAGUCCCUCAACGAAGGCCGCUCUCCUUGCAGAACCGUCAUCCCCAGCCCUACGGAGAAGGAUGUUGGGCAGAAACAUACUGCACCCCCGCAGGAUCCCUCGGACUUUCUGUGGCUAAUGACUGAGGAGCCGCAUCGGAGUCGGCGGAUGGCGAUUAUAAAGGCACACCCAGAGGUCACCAAACUCAUGGGCCAUGAACCGCUCACAAAAUGGGUCGUCCUUGGAGUCGUCUCGAUGCAGAUUGGCUUGGCCUAUUGGCUGCGGAAUACCCACCCACUCUCUCCCAUCUUCCUUCUCACCGCAUAUGUUAUCGGCGGGACGGCAAACCACAAUUUGUUCCUUGCCAUUCAUGAAAUCACGCAUAACCUCGCUUUCCGCAGCGUUCAGGCCAACAAGGCCCUUGCUGUGUUCGCGAACCUCCCCAUCGGUAUUCCCUAUUCUGCUGCUUUCAAGAGAUACCACAUAGAACACCACAAGUUCCUCGGCGAGGACGGCAUCGACACUGACCUUCCCACUAACUUCGAGCUCAUCUGCCUGAACAAUGUUCUCGGCAAGGUCUUCUUUGCUACCUUCCAGAUCUUCUUCUACGCCCUCCGCCCCGGCUUCGUCCGCAUGCAGACAUUCACGCAGUGGCACUUCGUGAACCUCAUCACCCAGCUCGUCUUCGACUUCGCCCUCUUCAAGUCAUUCGGCUUCAACCCCAUUUGGUACCUCCUCUUCUCCAGCUUCUUCGCCGGCAGCCUGCACCCCCUCGCCGGCCACUUCAUCGCCGAGCACUAUGUUUGGGACGGCCUCCAGCAGGAGACCUACUCCUACUACGGCAUCCUCAACAUCUUUGCCUACAACGUCGGCUACCACAACGAGCACCACGACUUCCCGUCCGUCGCCUGGACACGCCUCCCCGCACUCCGAGCGCUCGCGCCCGAGUUCUACGAUAUCCUCCCGUCGCACCCAUCCUGGCCGAUGGUGCUCGUCAACUUCAUCCGCGACCCCGAGGUCGGCAUCUUCGCCCGCGUCAAGCGCAGGCCCAAGGACCGCUCCGGGGUCGAGAGCAUGUGCUCCACCGCGAGCGCGUCGCCCGCACCCUCGUACAAAGCUUGA